AUGAAACUCAAUCUGAAGAAGAUCCAAUACCGAAGAAGAUCUACCCAGAGAAUAAGAACAAAAGCAAAAUUGAAUUUGGAAGCCCAAGCUGAAAAAAUGAAAGCAAAGUCGUCUGAUAAACAUCCAAAUGUGAAAGUUGGCCAAAAUGUGAGACUGAAAGUACCUGACAUUGCCAGAGCUAAAACUGACCCGAAAAGCAUUAUUGCAGUUGUGAUAGAUGUAAAGGACAAUGAGUUUUACCAACUACGUACCAAUAUUGGAGUACUAAAGCAGCUUUACAAACAGAAUCAGUUUACCUCAGGCUCCGAAGAUUUUAUUUAG